AUGGCGAAUUUUAAGAAGAAAUUUUGCCAGCAAUGGCUCGUUCUUGUUUUGUUUCUUCCUUUAUCAAGUGUUUUAUGUUUCAGUGAGUUGUCCUUCAUCACAGAGCCCAGUGAUGUGACUGUUCUACCAAAGGACUCUGCUGUGUUGGACUGCCAGGCUCAUGGGCAGCCUCCAGUCACCAUCAAGUGGCUAAAGAAUGGAGUUAGGUUGGCAGAAAGUGAGCACAUCCAGUUUCUGCCCAACGGCUCCUUGUACAUACCAAAGAUCAAGCAUACCAAGGGGGAUUCAGACCAAGGAUUCUACCAGUGCCUCUCCCAGAACAAAUAUGGAGCUAUCCUAAGCCAAAGAUCACAUCUGACUAUCACAAGUAUCUCUGAGUUUUUGUUGCACCCUGUGCCUGCUGUGGUGACUGAGGGUUCUGUGGCACGAUUCUCCUGUGCUGUCACCUCCAGCCCUCUUGCCACCAUCACCUGGGAAUUAAACCAAAGCACACUGCCUCUGCAGACAGACAGAAUAACGGUUUUGCCUAACGGAGUCCUUCAGAUUCACAAUGUACAAAUGGAAGAUGCUGGACAGUACCGAUGUGUGGCAACUAACAUCGGUAGCCGCUUAAAGAGUAGAGAGGCCACACUGACAGUCAACCAAGAUGCUGGCCCUAAACCCCGUCAGAGGCCGAGAAUCAUUGCUGGACCUCAGAAUGUAACAGUUUCCCUUCACCAAACUGUGGUCCUGGAGUGUGUGGCCACAGGAAAUCCUUGGCCCAUCAUCUCCUGGAGCCGUGCUGACAGCAAACCCAUAGAUGUGUACAAUGCCAAAGUACUGGGCAAUGGAAACCUGGUCAUUACUGAUGUCAGUUCCAAGCACAGUGGAAUCUACCUCUGCAGGGCCACCACCCCUGGAACCCGCAACCACACUACUGCUGCAGCCAACCUCACAGUUCUAGUGCCACCAACCAUUGUUGAGAGGCCUGAGAGCCAGACCCGUCCAAGAGCAGGCACUGCCCGAUUUAUGUGCCAAGCAGAGGGAGUGCCUUCACCACGCAUCAGCUGGCUAAAGAAUGGAGAAGAGGUUCACUUAAAUGGGAGGAUUAAGAUGUACAACAGUAAAUUGGUGAUUACCCAGAUCAUCCCUGAGGAUGAUGCCAUCUACCAAUGCAUGGCAGAGAAUGAACAGGGUUCUGUGCUGUCCUUGGCACGCCUUAUUGUUGUCAUGUCCGAGGACAGGCCCAGCGCCCCAAGAAACAUCCAUGCUGAAACCAUCUCAAGCUCUGCUAUCUUAUUGGCCUGGGAGAGGCCUCUCUACAAUGCAGACAAAGUCAUUGCCUACUCCAUCCAUUAUAUGAAGGCUGAAGGUCUAAACAAUGAAGAAUACCAAGUUGUGAUUGGCAACGACACAACCAGUUAUAUCAUUGAUGACCUUGAGCCAGCUCGAAACUACAGCUUUUACAUUGUGGCCUACAUGCCAAUGGGAGCCAGUCGUAUGUCAGACCAAGUCAGUCAACAUACCCUGGAGGAUGUGCCUCUGCGCACCCCAGAGCUAAGUCUGACCAGCCAAAGCUCAACGGACAUCAAGGUGAGCUGGCAACCACUGCCAGCAAAAGUAAGCCGUGGUCAGGUGUCUGCUUACAGACUCUCCUAUCGCACAGCUGCAGACAGCACUGUCUCAUCUGUGGAGCUUCUACAAAACAGUACUGAAUAUCUCCUGGAGGGCCUGCAGCCUGACACCAUUUACCUGCUCCGCAUGGCUGCAGCCACCCGUGUUGGUUGGUGUGAGCCAUCAGCUUGGACUUCACACCGGACACCUAAGACCUCCAGCAACAAAGUGCCUUUGGCCCCUGUUCUUCAACUUGAGCAACUUAACUGCACCUCCAUUGUGGCACGCUGGCAGACCUCCCCAGAAUCUGUGGCUGUUGAGGGUUACCGGCUGUGUUAUCAUGAGGAAGGCCAACCAGAGCAGCCCAUCAUCCAGCUGCAGCCUCAAACCUAUACUUACACUAUCAGUGGCCUUGAUCCGAGGAGAAAGUAUCAUGUCAAGAUUCUGGCUGUGAGUAAAGUUGGAGAUGGCUAUCAGACAGACCAAACAAUUAGUACUCCGGGAUGUGUGUCGGCGAGAGACCAACCAGCAGUAGCGCCUCCACCUCCAGAUCAAGUGACUGUCUUGGCCAGCAAUUCAUCUGCUGUGUCCCUGCGUUGGAGUCGUCCUUCUUUCUCCGCUGGAAAGACUGUUAGCUACACAGUCCGCUGUACUCCUGUGGGCACACAUAAUGCCUCUGCCAUACGCUACCUGCAAACAAUCAAGCAGAGUGUGACGGUUCAGAAUUUGAAUCCAAACACUCGCUAUGAGUUUGUGGUGCGUCUUCAUGUGGACCAGAUGUCGAGCCCCUGGAGUUCUGUAACUUACCAUCAGACCUUGCCAGCAGCACCUAGCAACCCACCUGCAGGAGUACGAGUAACUCUGAUUGAGGAUGACACCGCUCUGGUGUCCUGGAGGGAGCCCACUGAGCCCAAUGUGAUGGUUACACACUAUACCAUCCUGUACGCCUCACAGAAAGCCUGGUUGUCUGACCACUGGCAAAAAGUACAGAGAGAGGGAAGUCAUACGAUGGCUCUACUGGAGAAGCUGGAGCCAGGCAAUGUCUACCUGGUGAAGAUAGCGGCCUCCAACAGUGUAGGUGAUGGGCCUUUCUCCAGCAUUGUGGAGCUGGUACUGAGGCGUGGAAACAUGCACCGCAGCAAGAACCCCAGGCACUCUGACAACUUUCCCGAUACAACAGCGUUCUCUGAUGGUCUCUACCACAUAGACCAGAAGUCUAUGACAGGGAUCAUUGUCGGUGUGAGCAUCGCCUUGGCCUGUAUUGUCAUGUGUGCCUUGAUCCUGAUCAGUAAGGGCAGACCAAGAAAAUCCUCCAGUCCCAAAGUCAUCGCUGUGGGAGGUCCUGAAGGUCCACAUGGUGGUUUGUCCCUGCCCAGGGAACACCAUACAGAGAAUGUAGAAGCCCUCCUACCGAUGAUAAGUCAGCACUUCAUUGAUGCUAAGGGUGGAUCUAAUAUUGUUAUAAAUGGUGCCGGUCCUCUUAACAACAAGAACAGAAGCAAGAGAUGGUUGUUCUUCAAGAGCAAGAUCAGAAAUCCAACUGAAAGUGAUGUUGAGACGAGAGCCAGCUUGUACGAAGCUGGUAAAACAGUUCUGAGGUAUGAGGAGCGUCCAGGCUCAGCUCCCCUGCCACCUUCGUCCCGGGAGAUCAUCUAUGGACCACUUCACUCGGAGAGCUCUCAAACCAGUGAGGGCAGCCAAGAGACAGGAGACUCUGGACACUACUCCAAUGAAGAAAGCAAUGAAGAGAUGAGCAACCCGUCAACAAGCCAAAGCUCCAGACCGGAAUCUUUCGGGCCAGACGACGCUACCACUGUCACGAAGCUAAAGCAGUCUUUCGAAGUGGAAAAUGAGGCAAUGUUGAGCCGUCCCCUCCAUCACUCCGCCCCUGAUGCCUCCUGGCUCUGCAGCACCGCGGAGGGCUCUCAUCCUGCCCUGCACACUUCCCAAGCAGCCAGCUCCUGA